UUUCUUAAGUGACAGCGGAAGUGGCCUCUGUAAACAGGAGGUUGUGCGCUCUCGUCUCGGCUGCAGUCAGACUGGUUCGGGAUAGACCCCGCACACUGACCCGGUCCAGCCCCACGACACCAGCCGAACCGGGCCGAGCAGAACCGAGUCGGGCCGAGCCGAGUCCAACAUGAACGAGUCUGCGGGGCUCCGGUUCCGGAGGCUGCACAGACCGCAGGUGAUCACCGAUGAACUCCCGGAGAACCGACACAAAGGAGGCGGUACCUACAGUGGUAAGGUGUUCCAGGUGACUCUCCUCUCUCUGGGUGGUUUCCUUCUUCUUCCUCUUCUUGUCAUCGUCCUCAUCCUGGAGUCUCCGGUCCAGCCUGAGGUCUUCAGCCUGAAGGAGCCCCCCCCCAUGAAGGGCUGCUGGGAGCCCAACCUGAGUCUCCGAGGGGCCCAGAGGCUCUAUGAGGACCAGCUGGUUGGACCAGAGUCCAUCGCCAACAUCGGAGAUGUUUUGUUCACUGGAACAGCUGAUGGCAAAAUCCUGAAGCUGAUUGGUCGGAGGAUCCACACGGUGACGAUGCUCGGAAAACCUCCCUGUGGCUCCAGGGAGGAGGAGCCUACCUGUGGGCGGCCGCUGGGAAUCCGUGUCGGACCCAACGGGACUCUGUUUGUAGCUGACGCUUACCUGGGUCUAUUUGAGGUCAACCCCACCACAGGGGAGGCGACCAGGCUGGUGUCAGGAGGUCAGGUGGUCGCUGGCAGGAAGUUGUCUUUCAUCAACGACGUCGCAGUGACGCAGGACGGAAAGAAAGUGUACUUCACUGACUCCAGCAGCAGGUGGCAGCGCAGAGACUACCUGCACCUGAUCAUGGAGGCUACCGCCGACGGACGGGUGCUAGAGUUGGACACUGAGACCAGAGAAGUGUCUGUGGUCAUGGAUCACCUCCGAUUCCCAAACGGCAUCCAGCUGCUUCCUGAUGAGGAGUCUGUCCUGGUGGCUGAGACCACCAUGGCCCGGAUCCGCAGGGUUCACGUGGCCGGCCUUAAUAAAGGUGGGAUGGACACGUUCAUGGACAACCUGCCUGGUUUCCCUGACAACAUCCGUCCCAGCUCCACCGGAGGUUACUGGGUGUCCAUGUCUGCAGUGAGACCCAACCCUGGCUUCUCCAUGCUGGACUUCCUGUCCCAGAGACCCUGGAUCAAGAAACUCAUCUUCAAGCUGUUCAGUCAGGAGGUGCUGAUGAAGUUUGUUCCUCGCUACAGUCUGGUGGCUGAGCUCCAUGAUGGCGGCGUGUGCACCAGGAGUUUCCAUGACCCUAACGGCCUGGUGGUGGCGUACGUCAGCGAGGCCCACGAGCAUGAUGGGAGUUUGUACCUGGGCUCCUUCCGCUCGCCGUACGUCGCCAAACUCGACCUCCAACAUCUCUAGAACAUUUUCUCUUUGACUCUGAUGCCCCCCACCCCCCCACCCCCCCACCCCCGCACACAACAAACACAACAAACACAACAAGAACAACGUUUUUUUAUAGCUACAUUAAUUGAUUAAUUCAUGUUUAAUUCUCAAAUGACCAGAACACAAUCAGCACAACGUGUUCUCCCAUUUCCUUCCUCCUCUUUCUUCUCUUCCUCCAUGACAUCACCGAUUAGCUUGAGCUAAUUAACUCAUACAGUUGGUUGAUUUGAUUGCUAGCGUACUAGCUUUGUUGGCAUCCUUCUUUAGUGACCACUGCUAGCUUUGUUAGCGACCACUGCUAGCUUUGUUAGCGUCCUUCAUUAGUGACCACUGCUAGCUUUAUUAACAUCCUUCAUUAGCAUCCACUGCUAGCUUUAUUAGCAUCCUUCAUUAGCAUCUACUGUUAGAUUUGUUAGCAUCCUUCAUUAGCGACCACUGCUAGCUUUGUUAGUGUCAAGUACUCAGCUUGUAUGACCUAAUGAGCUGUUGGUCUUAAAAAAGGUGUAAUUUAAAAAAAAAAAAGGAUCUGUUAAAUGUCGUGUUUACUAGUUAUUGGUUCAUAUGAGGCUCCACGUUUGUUUGGUUUCAUGUUCCGUUUAACAAAAGAUCAGAAAUAUCAGAAUUUACAGAAAGUUCUCACAGUGACUGAAGCCAUCAUUAGCAUGUUAGCAUGCUAAGGCAGCUAUGUUACUAAGUCGGCUAAAGUUAGCAUUUCAUCGGGACUCCAUGUCCAGACGUCCUGUAGUUUCAUUUCAAUCGUUGACAGUAUUUCUUUAACCUCUGUGUGGUUUGAACAUUUCACGAUGAGUUUUCUUGAUAAUCAGAUGUGACGUCGAUGUUUCAAUCCAUCAGCCGCUUUCACAACGAGGAGGAAAUUCACUUCUCUUUUUAUGUGUUGUUUUUUUUGGACUCUCGUUAUUUAAAGGACAGUGAGGCGUCCGUGUUUAAUUUGUCUGAAUUUUGAAUAAAUAAAUAAUUUUUGAUGAA